AUGACAACUAUAGGAGAAUUAUUUCCAGGGUUACGUGAAAAUUCUUCAUCAGAGACCAACAGAAGACUCUAUGCAGUAUUAGUAGCCGUAACUGAUUUAAUUCGUUUUAAUAAAGCACCAAUCAAUGCAACAUCAUAUUUUGCAAUUAUUUUGAAAACUCUUUCAGAAAAUCAAUAUAAGAAAUCCCAAAUUCAUGAUUUAGUUAAAUUAUUUUCAAUCAUUUUACCAAGAGUUUCAAAUCCAGUUAUCAAAAAUCAUUCAGUUAAUGUUAUAUUACAAAUGACAGCAUUAUUAGAACAUUAUGUUAGUAAUGAUACAGCAUUACAUGCAAAUAUUGCAAGUGAAGAACAACAAUUAAUUAAAUCAGCUGUAUAUUGUUUAGGAUAUGUAUUGGUUUUAGCAGAAAGUAAUCAAUGGCAAACUAAAGAAUAUUUAAGAGGUUAUUCAUUUAUACUUAAAUUAGCAGUCAACAAUACACAAUCUAAAAUUCGUCAAAAAUCAGCAGAACAAGUUAUUUUAGUUUUAAACAGUAUUGGAGCUAUUCAAAAAGGUGGUUCAAUUCAUAAACAAUUAGCAACUGUUACAAGUCAAUUUUGUCAUGAAGUUUUUAAUGGACUUACUUUAGAAACUAUGGGUAUUGCUUUUUACACUUUAAAUAUCGUUACUGAAGCCCUUUGUUUAUUAUCUCCAUCUUUAAUCUCACUCUUAUUAGAAGAUAUGAUCAAAUUAACCUCUCUCUCAAACUCUGCUCUCACUGUUGCUUGUUACAAAGCAAUUGGAUCAUUAUUCUUUAAAACCAAUCCAUUAAUUGGUUCUCAAAUUCAACAAUUAAUUGAUGUCUUAUUCCAACAUCCACCAACUGGUUUAGAUUAUAGAUCAAUGGUCACCUAUACAGAAUUAUUAACUCAAUCUUAUUUAUAUUUUACAAAAAUCGAUCAAAAAUUAUGUAAUCAACAUGUUCAUAAUUAUUUCAUAGUUUUAAUGAAUAACUUUGGUUCAGAUAAAUCAGAAAUUACAAAUACAACUAUGGAAGGUUUUAAAACUAUUAUUUUUGAAUGUGUUAAUAAAGAUGUUAUUGAACAGGGUAUUCACUCAUAUCAACAAAAAUUAAAUGGUUCAAAGAGUGCUAUUAAAUCUUCAUUGGAAUCAAUUGUCGAAACUAUUGAAAGUGGUUUAAGAUUAACAUUCAAAUCAUCAUGGGAUUUAGUUUUAUUAAUUAUUCAAGCUCUCUACGAACAAUUGGGUCCAUAUUCUUCAAUUAUUUUAAAUAACUUAUUAGUUGGUUUAGAUAAUCUCUAUCACUCACCAGAAUUCCAUCACCAAUCACAUUUAACUCAAGUUUUAAUUACAGUUUUAGGUUCAAUUGGUCCAAAGAACUUUUUAAAUAUUUUACCAUUAAAUUUAGAUUCACCACCAAAAAAUAAAGAAAAAAUUAAUAGAAAUUGGUUAUUACCAUUAAUGAGAGAUAAUAUUAAAUACACUCAAUUAUCAUUCUUUAUUGAAUAUUUCUACCCAAUGGCCUUAGCAAUGAAAGAUAGAUCAAAACAAGCAGAGACUGAAGGUAAAUAUGUUGAAGCUAGAAAUUUAGAAAUUUUAUAUUCUCAAGUUUGGGAUCUUUUACCAGGUUUCUUAAAUCAUCCAUUAGAUGGUGAUCAAUCAUUCAAAGUAAUUGCUCGUAAUAUUGGUGUCGCCCUUAGUGAUGAAUUGGGUCUCCGUACUGUAAUUUGCGUUGCUUUAACCCAGUUUAUUAACAAAUUAAAAGAAUCACAACAAACUAAAGUUAGUCCAUACAUUCCAUACAGAAAAACUCAUCAUACAAUGUCCCCAGAAAGAGCUACUCAAAUCUUAAAUUCAGUUUCAGUUUUCUCUAAAAACUAUUUACCAAUUCUCUUUAAUAUUUUCCCAACAUCAAAUCAAGAUCAACGUUAUUUUGUUCUCAAUGCCAUUGAAGCUUUUGUUUCAAUUACCGAUAGUGUCACACUCAAUAGUAUUUUCAAUUCAUUAAUUACCAAAUUAGUUGAAGCUUUAACUGUUGAAGGUAUCGAAAAGAAACCAUUAAGCAAGGAUGCCAUGAGCGAGGAUAGCGGAAAAGCUUCAAAGAAAGAAAAAACAAAGAAAUAUUAUCUUACCGAUUUAACCAUUGGUUUUGUUAAACAUUUAGAUGAAAACAACCUUAAAGUACUUUACAAGAUUAUUAAACCACAAUUAAAAUGCUCUGAUUCAGGUCUUCAAAAGAGAUCCUUCAAGAUUUUAGUCAAGAUUUGUGAACACCACGAAAGCUUUAUCCUUCAAAAUUUAAAUAAAAUCAAAGCUUUACUCGUUAGCAACUUAAUGCAAUCAACAUCAAAUGUAAAGAAAGCUCGUUUAAAGUGUCUCAGAGAAAUCAUCCUAUCAUUAUCCAAAGCUUCCAAUAAAAAAGAUCUCAACGAUGACCAAGAUGACCAAGACUUUGAUGGUGAACAAGACGAUAAAUCAAAUGAAAACAAACCAGUUAAAUUAAAAGCAGGUUGGACCCACUUAAAGACCAAAUUCAUUCCAUCAUUAAUCCCAGAAAUCAUUUUAUGUACAAAAGAAACCAAUAUUAAAUGUAGAGAAAUUUCAAAUGAAUUACUCAUUGAAAUUGGUAAUAUUAUGUGUAUAAUCUCUGUCAAGUUAACACCACCAAAAAGAGGUGUUUCAAUGGAAGAUCACAUUGCCAAUGCUCACAGUCAAGCCAUUCAAGAAUACCUUCAAUUAAUGAUUGCUGGUUUAGCUUCUAUCACUCCACAUAUGGUUUCAGCUUCAAUCGUUUCAAUUGCUAGAGUUAUUCACCAUUUCUAUAAAGAUUUAAAUGAUGAAUUUGUAGGUCAAAUCGUUACUACAUCACUUGUACUUUUAGCAUCACCAAAUAGAGAGAUUGUUAAAGCUGUUUUUGGUUUAGUUCGUGUUGUUAUCGCUUCAUUCAAAGAUGCCAAAGUCAUCGAAUCAAACUUGGAAGUACUCAUCAAUGGUCUUGCUAAAUGGGGUGGUAUCGAUAAGAAUUACUUUAGAGUUAUCAUUCAAAUCCUUUUAGAACGUUUAAUUAAAAGAUUCGGUUAUGAUCAAAUCUACCCAUUAGUACCAGAAGACUUUAAGAAAGUAAUUACCAAUAUUCGUAAAAAGAAUGAAAAGAAAGAAAAACUUAGAGAACAACUUAAAGAUUUACAACAACAAACUCAAGAUGCAUCAAGCGAUACUAAAUCACAAAAAGGUAAAUCUGUUAAGGGUGCUAAUGACGAUGAUGAACAAAUGUUAGCCAGUGAUGAAGAUAUGGCCGAUUCAGAUAGAGACCAUAGUGAAGAUGAUGCUGAUAUCGAAGAUUUCCUUUUCAACACUAAAAAGAAGAAGAAGAAUGAUCAAUCAGAUAACUUCCUCAUUAAAGAAGGUGAAGACCCAAUUGAUUUCUUUGAUAGAAAUGCAUUCUCUCAUCUCAGCGCCAAAGCUGCCGCCAACGCCGUCGCUGAAAAAUUAUUUGCUCAAGCUGCUAAAAACGGAGGUAAAAUUAAAAAUCCAUUCUCAUUAGAUGAAGACGGUCGUAUGAUCAUUGAAGCUAGUGAUGAAGAAGGUGAAGAUGGUAAAAGAAAGAGAAAGAAGUCUUUCCUCGAUCAAGUUUUCGAAGAACAAGAAGAAGCUUAUGAAAGAAAAGCUGGUUAUCAUGCUACCAAAAAUAAAUCACUCCGUAAACAAUUUAACAAUAAUAAUGACGAUGAUGAUGACUCUGAUGACGAAGAUCUCGAAAGAUACAAUGACGAUCUCAAAUCAAACUUCUCAAAGAGAACCUCCAAAACUACCAAAACUACUAGAACCACUGGUGCCAGAUCUGUUGCCCUUACAAAUAAAACAGUUGGUGGUAAAAAAAUUAAUGACGCUCGUAUUGAAACCGCUACUCUCCGUUAUAAUAGAGUUAGAGGUGUUGAUCAUUUAGUAAACUAUCAAGAUAAAGAAUCAAAGACUAUGGUAAGAACCAAUGUUUCAAAAACAAAAGGACAAGGUGAUAAUCGUAAAAAUAAUCAAAAAUAUGAGCCAUUCUCUUAUAUUAAAUUGGAUCCAAGAGCUUUAAAUAAGAGAAGAGGUUCAAAACCAUCAUCUAUAGCUUCAUUAGUUUCAAAGAAAAAAAAAUAA